AAUAUUGAAAGUACAGAUAUGAGUGAUAUCCUGCUGCCGUCUUUGCUGUUGGCCAAUACCUGUCUUGCUUUCAUUUCCUGUUGAUAUGAUACGUAUCACAACUGGGGCCUUUAACACAAAGCUUGGCUAUCAAUCGUAGUUCAAUUUGUAUGCUUGAUUGCACGUAAUGUUCAAUGUAGUCAUACAUGAAAGUCAGCCCUAUGAUCAAAUGCUAUGCUUUGUGUAAUCGGGCCCUGGUAUGGCUAAACUCCUUUGAAAAGUAAUCAGCACAAUUCAGGAGUACAUUGGCAAAGAGAGCUUUGAUGCAUUUAUGUACAUUAUUGUUAGUUGGACACUUACAUGUACUUGUAUAGCAUUCAGGAAUUUGAUCUGAGACAAUUAUCAAGAAAGAAGGUGUAAACCCUCGGCCAAGAUGGGUUCCCUGUACCGCAGCGAGCAGAUGUGCUUAGCCCAGCUGUUCUUGCAGUCUGAGGCGGCUUAUGCUUGUGUAGCAGAGCUUGGGGAGUUAGGCCUGGUCCAAUUUAGAGAUUUGAAUCCAGAUGUGAAUGCUUUCCAGCGAAAAUUUGUCAACGAAGUAAGGCGAUGUGAUGAGAUGGAAAGAAAGCUACGUUAUCUUGAGAAGGAGAUCCUGAGAGCUGAUAUCCCUGUCCUGGACACCGGAGAGAACCCUGAUGCUCCUGCUCCAAGGGAGAUGAUUGAUCUAGAGGCAUGCUUUGAAAAGCUGGAGAAUGAACUGAAGGAAGUGAACACCAACCAGGAAGCCCUCAAGAGAAACUUCCUAGAACUGACCGAACUCAAGCACAUCCUGAGGAAGACUCAGCAUUUCUUUGAUGAGGCUGAAUUCCACCACCAGCAGAUGCACGAUGGAGACGGCAUGGAGGAGGCCCACAAGCUUCUUGGAGACGAUGGACCGAGGAUGGGACAGCCGAUGAGACUCGGAUUUGUUGCUGGGGUGAUCCAGCGAGAACGCAUCCCUGCCUUUGAGCAGAUGCUCUGGCGUGUCUGCCGUGGUAACGUGUUCCUCCGUCAAGCUGAGAUAGAGGCCGCCUUGGAAGACCCAAGCACCGGUGACCAAGUCCAGAAGUCUGUCUUCAUCAUCUUCUUCCAGGGAGACCAACUCAAGAGCAGAGUCAAGAAGAUAUGUGAAGGGUUCCGUGCUACCUUGUACCCUUGCCACGAGACCCAGGCAGAGCGAAGGGAGACGGCCAUUGGAGUCAUGACAAGGAUAGAGGAUCUACAAGUGGUUCUUAGCCAGACCGAGGAGCAUCGUCAGCGCGUCUUGGUCUCAGCCGCCAAGAACGUCCGGGUGUGGUUCAUCAAGGUCCGCAAGCUCAAAGCCAUCUACCACACCCUGAACCUCUUCAAUCUGGACGUCACCCAGAAAUGCCUUAUCGCAGAGUGCUGGUGUCCUGUGUCUGAUCUGGACAAGAUCCAAAUGGCCCUCAGACGAGGCACUGAGAGAAGUGGCUCGACAGUUCCGUCCAUCUUGAAUCGCAUGGAGACCAGUGAAGACCCACCAACGUACAACAAGGUCAACAAGUUUACCACUUGCUACCAGAGUCUGGUUGAUGCGUACGGCGUCUGCACCUACGGAGAGGUCAAUCCAGCUCCUUUCACCAUCAUCACCUAUCCAUUCCUCUUCUCUAUCAUGUUUGGUGAUCUUGGUCAUGGCUUCAUCAUGUUUCUCUUUGGUCUCUGGCUGGUGGUGAGAGAGAAGCAGCUUCACGCCUCCCUGGCCAACCAUGAGAUGUUUGGCACUGUGUAUGGCGGAAGGUACAUACUGAUGUUGAUGGGCAUGUUCUCAAUCUAUACUGGCUUCAUUUACAAUGACUGCUUUUCCAAAUCAUUCAACAUUUUUGGAUCAUCUUGGAAUGUUACCGCUGCGGGAUACUCUGAUCACCUUCUAGAACAGGACAUUUCCCUUAUCUUGGAUCCCAAGACCACUUUUGUAGAUGCAGAUCCUUAUCCGUUUGGAGUAGAUCCAAUUUGGCAGCUGGCAUCCAAUAAGAUCAAUUUCCUGAACUCUUUCAAGAUGAAGAUGUCCGUCAUUUUAGGAAUUGGUCAGAUGUUGUUUGGAGUUUGCCUCAGUCUCCUCAAUCACAUCCACUUCAAGAAAACCAUCAACAUCUGGUGCGAGUUUGCACCCCAAUUAAUCUUCAUGGUGUCCAUCUUUGGGUACCUGGUGUUUCUCAUCUUCUACAAGUGGCUCUUCUUCAACGUACAUAACAUGCACGGCGCCCCCAGUCUCAUCCUCACCCUCAUCAACAUGGGCCUCAUGGCCCCGCCCGACCCGGAGAUGUUCACAGGACAGGCGGCACUACAGAAGGUUUUGAUCCUCGUAGGCUUUUCAUGCAUCCCGUGGAUGUUGCUGCCUAAACCUUUGAUUAUGAGGGCACAGCACAACAGGAAAAUCAACAAGGCUGUGAUGUAUCGUGAUGUACGUAUGCUGUCUGGGAAGAGUGAGGAGACGGCUGAGGUUUUACAUCAUGAUGAACUUGAAGCAGAAACAAGUGGUGCUGUGCAAACCUCUCCAAAGGAUGAAUUUGACUUUGGAGAAACUUUCGUCUACCAAGCUAUUCACACCAUCGAGUAUUGCCUGGGAUGUAUUUCUCAUACAGCCUCUUAUCUUCGACUCUGGGCUCUCAGCUUGGCCCAUGCUGAGCUGUCUGAAGUGCUAUGGAACAUGAUGUUGGCUAUAGGUCUGAGAAUGAAUGGUUAUGUAGGAGCGUUUGCCAUCUGGGCCAUCUUCGCUGUAUGGGGUGUCCUGACCAUCAGUAUCCUCCUGUUUAUGGAGGGUCUCUCUGCCUUCCUUCAUACUCUACGACUUCACUGGGUGGAAUUCCAGAGCAAGUUCUUCAAAGGAGAAGGAUAUGCCUUCAUCCCGUUCUCCUUUGAUAUCAUUCUCCAGACCAACGAAGAGUGAUUCCUCAUCAGCAUACAUCUCAAUUCAUUUUAUCCUGAUACAGUCAAAUCAGGGCCUCAUGACAUUUGGCUUAUACCACAUGUUUCAAAUUUGUGUAGGGCUACUUAUCAUUCAAUUGUAGAUAUUUAGCACGUGGUUUGCCUUAUGUUUACAAUAGAUCAACCAUAAGUUUGGUUCUGUCUUCAUGUUACCUAUCGCAAUUAUCAAUUUUAAGACCUUGACAUUAUGUUUUAAAGUGAACUACGAAUUUGUGAUGAGUGCCGAGGAUAAAGGAGCUACAAAAGAUCUGUUUUGAAAAUUUAUCACUCAAGGUUGUCAUCUAUUGCAUAAAUUGAUUCACUAAGAAGUCAUAUAAACGAUGAGGCAAAUGUCUGAUGAUGUCACAUAUAUAUCUCAAAUUGAUAUUGGACAAAAUUAUACCAUAUUAUACCAUGUUUUAUUAUUUUUAAGGUUUCAUUUGAUUACUAUCAGACAACGUUGAUUGUUUUUAUUAUGUUAUAUCCAUGCUGGUAAUAUUCAGUAUAAAAUGAAUUGAGAUAAAAUCAACCACUGUCACUGAUAUCAUCUUGUUGACAACCAUUUGAUCAAUCUAUGAAAAUAUAGAUAUAUAUUUUGAUUACACAUUAGAUAUAUUAGAUACAUGAGAUUAUACUAUAUUUAAAGAAAAUAUGAGAAGUGUGUUAUCAGUUUGAAGCUUUUGAAGCCAGUUUUUGACGUAAUAUAUGUCUGGAAAAAUAGGGUAUUAUAAACCUUGUUUCUUUUUCUUAACAUUAAGUCUCUGUUGAUUAUCUUUGGGUAAAAUGCACACAUUCACUGUUUGGGAGUAGGACCUAGUCUGUAUCACAUUACUUGUUAUGCUUUUGAUUAUAAAGAGCACUUUAAACAUCCAUAUUUGAACUCUGCUUUAAAAAGGAAAAAAAAAUACAUUUGUGUCUUAGAUUAGUUAGUAAGAAAAAAAAGACAUUGCUUCUAAUACUUGUCUGUCUUGAUAUUAAAAUUCAUGAAUUUAUGUAUGUAUUUUGGAAAUACUGUACCAGUAUAUGUUUUGGGCCGAUAUAUUUACAUAUAUGUCCUACACUGCCAUGCGAUAUAUUGUAUAAAAUGUUGGCAAUAUAUUUGGUGUCUUAUAAGAUGACCAAGGUACAAAAAAGUCAUGGAAUUACCCAACGUAGAAUAUCGAUGAUGUGCCUGUUUGAAUUGGGACAAAAUUCAGGGAAUUUUUUUUUCAAUAAACAUGACAGAUGUUUGAUUUGUGAAUGCUGCAAAUGAGAUGUUGCAAUAUCGUUAAUUUCACUUUGUAAUGCUUCAUUUUUGUUCCUGAAAAAAUAGUAAUGUUGUGCGACUUGUGCCUUUUUGACAGUUACAAAGUUAUUCCUUAAAGGUAAAAACAAAUAUCAUUUCCCCCCUACAUGUAGGUUAUGCCUACAAGGCCCUUGUUAAACUAUGAAAAAUAAGUAUUUCCAUAAAUAACUGAGGUAUGUUGAUAAUGAUUUAUGAUUGCAGAUUUUUUUUAAGUUUUGAGAACAUACUAGUAUCAUAAAUUUGGAUUAUUAAGUAUGUAUCAUUGUUAGCUUAUUUCACUGUAGUGGACAUAAUUCAUACAUGUAUGUCACUUUUUUUCGGCACAAAUUCUACAUAAGGCUUCAUCGUUUUCCCGGAAUGAAUUUUCACCACUGUUUGUAAAGUCAUUAGUGAUUGAAUUGUCAUUUCUCAGUUACCACCAAUUCUUAAUCAAUUUGUAUAUUUCAUGAUUUACUUUGAAAACUUUUCUUUGACAUCACAUCAAAAUUAUAAACUACUGUAGCAUAGGGCGUCAAUUUACCCAAGUGUCACCCCAACAAAAUAUGUGGGAUCACUUGAUUUAUUCUUCUUUUCUGAGAAGAUUCUACAAAUUAUACCAAGGCUAUCUUUAAUUAAUUUUUCCGUCACCUAUGAAUGGAUUGAUUAGCUUAGCUCAUUGAACACUGGCCAAGUCAUACCAAAGAUUUCAACAAAUGGACAUUCCAUCUUUCUAGUUAGAAGCAUGGUUUUUUAAUGGAGAAGUAUCUGAAUGACAUACAUAUAAUACUGUAUGUUUAGUAGGGCCACUAGUAGCCCAUGGGGUGUUUCACAAAGAUUUAAGUACAACUUAAGAGUCAUUUAAAUGCCUAGUUGCUAGCAGUAUUAAAGGCAUAACCACAUUGGUCAAAUCAUGCCAAUAGGACGCGCACGACUGCGUAUCGAUCAAUAAGAUUGCAUGUUCCAUAUCAUAUAUGCAUCAGAAUUUAAGUGGCACUCUAAGUGAAUCGUAAAUCUGUAUGAGACACCCCCCCCCCCAGCUAAUAAAAGUUGAAGUGUCUACCCCAAUAUAAUGAGAGUUUAUUAAUAUGUUAUUCCCCGUUCUUUUUAAUGUACUUUUAUUCAAGGGAUAAGGUGAUACUGACGGGAAGAUUUGAUAAGCCUGAAUAAGGCGUUGGGUUCGUGUAAACAAGUACUUCAUGCACACAAUGAUUCAGAUUUACUCGUUCUGCUUGAGAACUCUGCAGAGUGAAAAAAUGUGCUUAAAGAAUUGCAUUAUAAUUAUUAUUAUCAUUGUUAUUAUGAUCACAUGAUAAAGAUGGUGUGAGGAUGUCUGAAAGUACUGAUUAAUAAAGAGAUAACUUGUGAAAGUUAGAAAAUC